CGGGACAGCUGCCGCCGGCGCGGGGCUCGCCUGGAAUGCGGGCGCCGGCCGCGCGCCGCGACUUUUAUGGAAACUUGGAGCGCCGGAGCCGGCGGCGGCAGCCAAGGGGCGCUCAGCAGCCGCGCCGCGCUCCAGCCCUCGCACCCGCCCGCCGCGAGUGCACCGAGCCGCAGCGGCGGGGCAGGCGCUCCCAGGUAGAAACUGAAAGCAGUCUUGAAUAUACCACGUGAAGAUCACAGUACAAUAACCAUGAAUGACAUUGCACAGAAGACUGAGAUUCUGCUUUCUUCAUCUAAACCCAUCCAAAAAUCCUAUGUGCCCAAGCUUCACAAGGGUGAUGUAAAGGAUAAAUUCGAAGCUAUGCAGAAAGCAAGGGAAGAAAGAAACCAAAGGCGAUCUAAAGAUGAAAAGCAAAGAAGAAAAGAGCAAUAUGUUAGAGAGAGAGAAUGGAACAGGAGAAAGCAGGAGAUGAAAGAACUGCUUGCAUCUGAUGAAGAUGAUGAUGAAAAAUCAUCUAAAAUAGAAAAAGGUUAUGUUCCAAAGCUGAUAGGAACUGUUAAAGGCAAGUUUGCAGAAAUGGAGAAGCAAAGGCAAGAAGAAGAAAGAAAAAGAAUGGAAGAGGAGAGAAAGCGCAGAAUUGAACAGGAUAUGAUUGAGAAAAGGAAAAUUCAAAGAGAAUUGGCAAGAAAAGCACAGGAGAUUGAUGACUUAAACAAUACGGGAACUGAAUCAGGAGCAGAGGAAGGGGAUGAUUCACUGCUAGUUACAGUAGUGCCUGUAAAACCCACCAAAACACCUGGAAAGAUGAAAAUAAACUUUGAGAACACAAGAAAAGAAAGAGCAGAACAAACACAGAGAGAGGAUGAAGAAAAGAAGCUAAAAUAUGAGAAACACAAACAAUCUUUUAAAGAAGCCAAGUGCCUUUCAUUUGUCAUGAGUGAAAACACAGAUAAUGAAACACAGGAGCCUCUUUCUCCUGGUAAGCUGAAAGUAACAUUUGAAGAACUUGAAAGACAAAGACAGGAAAAUCAAAGGCGGCAAGCAGAGGAAGAAGCAAGACAGCGCUUAGAAGAGGAAAAACGUGCCUUUGAAGAAGCUAGGCAGCAAAUGAUAAAUGAAGGUGCUGAUGAAGAAUCUGAAAAUUUCAUUAAGGAAUUCCGUCCUGGUAAACUCAAACUCAGUUUUGAGGAGAUAGAAAGACAGAGGAGAGAAGAAGAAAAGAGGAAAGCAGAAAAAGAAGCAAGGCGACGCAUAGAAGAGGAGAAAAAGGCAUUUGCUGAAGCAAGAAAGAAUAUGCAGGUGCUGGAUGAUGAAUCACCGGAAAUGUUUAAAACAGUUUCUCAAGAAUCUCUCAUACCCGGUAAGCUGGAAAUUAAUUUUGAGGCGUUGCUGAGACAAAAAACGGAGGAAGAGAAGAGACGCACAGAAGAAGAACGUAGACAAAAGUUAGAAAUGGAAAAGCAAGAAUUUCAACAGCUGAGACAGGAAAUGGGAGAGCUAGAAGAAGAGUCUGAAACUUUUGAACUAAGCAAAGAAUAUGAAGAAUUAAUGAAGUUAAAAAGAAGUGGCUCUAUUCAAGCAAAGAACUUAAAAAGCAAGUUUGAAAAAAUAGGACAGUUGUCUCAAGAAGAAAUACAGAAAAAGAUUGAAGAAGAGCGAGCUAAGAGACGAGCAAUGGAUGAAGAAAUAAGAGAAAGGGAAGCAGAAAAAUUUCAGGAGGAUGAUGAAGUAGAUGUGAGACCAGCCAAGAAAUCUGAGGCUCCAUUUACCCAUAAAGUAAACAUGAAGGCCCGUUUUGAGCAAAUGGCAAGAGCCAGAGAAGAGGAAGAACAGAGGAGAAUUGAGGAACAAAAAUUACUACGCAUGCAGUUUGAACAAAAAGAAAUCGAUGCUGCAUUACAGAAGAAAAGGGAAGAGGAAGAAGAGGAGGAAGGAAGCAUUAUUAAUGGUUCCACUUGUGAAGAUGAGGAAGAUCAAGCUCGAUCUGGAGCUCCCUGGUUCAAGAGACCACUAAAAAACACAUCAGUUGUUGAUGGCGAGCCAGUGAGAUUUACCGUUAAAGUUACCGGGGAACCAAAACCCCAAAUCACUUGGUGGUUUGAAGGGGAAAUGUUGCAGGACUCUGAGGACUAUCAGUACAUUGAAAGAGGAGAAACCUAUUGCCUUUAUUUGCCAGAAACCUUCCCAGAAGAUGAAGGGGAAUAUAUGUGUAAAGCAGUCAACAACAGAGGCACAUCUGCUAGCACCUGUAUUCUCACUAUUGAAACUGAUGACUACUAAUGCUCUACUUUAGCUGGAACCUUUCCUCCUCUCAAAUCCUUCUUAUUGCAUCAUCUCUCUCUCUCUCUCUCUCUCUCUGAUGGGGCCAACUAAAGAAAGGAAGGAAAUGCACUGAUAUGUCAUUUCUUGCAUCAGAUAAAAUAAUCUUCAAACAGUGCAAGUGUCAUGAAAUUUAGUAUAAAGGCUGAAAAUAACUCAAUAAAGGAAAAAUCAAUACAGGAAAAAGCAUAAUUAUCAUAGUGCUCCCACAUUUGAAGACCAACUAUUGUGUGAUAGUAUAAAUCUAAAUACACAAUCAGGAAGCUUGUGUAGUAGUAUAAAACUACUGGUGUAUUCUGCAUGAACACUAAAUAUUUGAGCCAUUUUAUUUUAUACCAGAAGCACUGAACUGAAAAAGAAAAUACUUAUUGGUGGAUUAAAAAAAAAAAACCCUCCAAACUAGUAUAUUAUUUCCAAACAAUAAAAGAUUACAUAACUGUG